CUGAAGAACAAACUUUUUGUUUCGUCGAUCCUGCUUAACAGUCACAACCCCAAACAAUACAUUCAAGAGGAGGAGAACUCAUAAAAAAGACACAACCUUCAAAGCGCAAGGAAAUAAAAUCAGAAGCUAAUUUCAACUCUUAAAAAGCAUCCAGAGAACACAAGACGCCAGAAAGAAAAUUAUUUGAAAUUGCAUCGAACCAAAAUUAAAAUCAAAUACUAAAAAGCAUCAUCAUGAUCUCCGUCCGAUCCACUGCUGCUUACGUUCGGCGUUCCGUCUUUGCCACUGCCGGAGUGAAGAGAAACAUACGCCACUCUAAAAAGUCCACUAUAUCAAGCACUCCUUCGAAAGUGGAACAGCAGGCGGCAUCUCCGCCGUCAUCGUCGGCCUCUGGGGAAGGCAGCGGAGGGGUCCCGGUGCUAGCAAGCCUGGCGGCCGCAGCUUCCGGUGUGGGUGUUGUUGGAGCGGCCGCCCUAGCGGUCGAGCAAUCGACCGCCGAUACCUGCCCGCCCUACACGUCCAGGGGGGGUGCACAAAGAUUCGACCAGGAGACCUUUGGGGGACGAUUUGCCCGUAUGCUCCUGGCGUGUGAUCCAACCCUGCUGCUUUGCGGGGACGAAACUAUCCUGGCCGCUCGGGAGCGACUGACGGAAGCCGCCGAACGAGAAUCAAACAGCAAUAACGCAAACAAUUUAUUUUCAACCAAGGAAUCCCGUUCGUUGUGGGAAUCGAAGCGCGUCGUGGAGAGCGCAUUGCAUCCGGACACGGGAGAAUUCAUUCCAAGACCUUUUCGAAUGUCGGGAUACGUUCCCUACAACGGGCCAAUCUGUGUCUCUAUGGUCGCAUCGACAUCGACCAUCCCAUUGUUGUUUUGGUCUUGGGUUAACCAAUCCCAAAACGCUCUUGUGAAUUAUUAUGUGAGUUGUGUGCAAUACGGAAUUGUCGACGGUAGUAUGUUUCCGUGGUAAGGAAUGUAGCAAUGUAUACCAAAAUCUUUCUCUCAUUAUUCUCUAUUUUUGACAAACAAUGCAGAACCGAAACGCCAGCUCCCCAAUGACAAACGAAACACUGAUGAAAUCCUAUACAGCUGCCGUCGGAUCCGCUCUUGUCGUAGCCUUUGGUCUCUCAACCUUCGUGCAAAAGCGCUAUCCACCUGCUAAGGCAAAGGAGCUCAUGAAAUAUGUGGCUUUUCCAAGUGCAGUAGUCGCAUCCAGUCUCAAUUGUUACGUGGUCCGCAGCCCCGAAAUCGACACGGGAGUUCCACUGACAGACCAGGAGGGGAACAAAGUUGUACUGCCUGAUAAGUCCGAAAAUACAAGCCAGAUUGCCGCCAGGCGGGGCGUCGAAUCGACGACCGCCUCCCGGGCCCUCCUGCAGGCACCUGUCUAUUUCUUUCCAUCCUUGCUCAUGGGAUCGCUUCCGCCCCUCAAGCGCUUCCUCGAACAACACCCGCGAACUAGAGUUCCCGUCACGACCUUUUUGGUGCUGGUAAGCUUUGGUCUGGGUCUGCCAGCGACGAUUGCUAUUUUCCCUCAGGUCGCCGAAAUAAAGUCAUCCGAUGUAGAGGAGAAAUACCGCCACCUGAUCGAUCCAAAAACGCAAAAACCCUACGAGGUAUUUUAUUACAACAAAGGAUUGUAAACGCAACGAUUGCUUUUUAAUCGAUUUGAUCAUGUAUAAUACCAUAUUUUUAACUUUGUCUUGCUCAACUGGCUGGUUCUUUUAAGCAAACAGAAUCAUAUAAAUGCUGUACACAAUU